CUCCAUGAGAUGAGUGUUGCAAGGUAGGACGAACUUAUAUAACAAUAGUCUGUCAUGCAUGCCAUCGAACCACCUGGGUUUGUUGCUCGCAUAUAGCCUGUCGUUGUUCAUUUGCUCAUUUGUUGUUCCACCUGAUAAGGAGGAUGAACCGGAUGGUGCUGAGUCCUGCGAUGACUUUGUGGUAUGUCAAGCGGGAAGCUUAGCAAGGAAAAUGCGAGGUACAGUACGUAAUCUUUCACGUUUCGGUUCGUGUCAAGAGGAAACGACUGUAAUAGAGGAAGUGUGAUGCUAGCAAUCGGUGACGAAGCCCUGUUCUCGACAAGACGCGCUGGAGUCAGAGCUAGUUAGCGUC